CUUAUUCGCAGUCUUAAGAUGGCGCUUCGAUUCAUAGUCGUCCCAUUCUAGUUAGGGUAUAGUCGUCAACGGAAUAGUCAAAGAGUGUGAAGGAUUUUGAUUAUUAGUUAAAGGUGAAGAGGUUAAUUCCGUUAGAAGGAUGAGUGGUUAUCUUCGAAAUCAGGUGCUAAGUACAUUCAAGAAACUUCAUCGUACAAGAUUGAAAACAUUUCAGGACGACGUUGCUGCUUUAGAAGUUACAAGAAUGAAAAUAAACGAGGAAUUCAAAAAAUGUAAAGAUGUGACGGAUGAAAAAAAGAUUGCAGAACUAAACGAAUUUGCGUUAUCGGUCGAACACGAAGUGAGAACAACGAUUGUUCAGGCUAGAAGGGUUGAACCAGGAAAAUUUGAAGUUCGCAUAACCGCAGAUACUGAGAAACUGGAUAACGCAACACUCGAUAGUGUCGGAUGUUCUGUAAACUCGAAAAGGGAACCUCCAACAUUCAAAAAAUGCUCCGGUUCAACAAACACUUCGUGAGCUGAUUUAGCCAUUCAAAAUGUACACAUAGUGAAGAGCAACCAGGCUGACAAUGAGCUGAUGUGUUGAAUAUCCCUAUCAUAUAGUAUUCGUUCGCCAAUACCGGAUAUUUCAAGUCAGCGAAGUUUAUAGAUACCCGUGUUAUACGAACAUACUCAUAACAUGUAUACAACACAUCACGUAUGAUCACAUGGCGAAACAAAACGCAGAAGACUAUUCCCCUCGUGGAAGUAGUAUUUGAUUGUAUUCUUCGUCCUAACAAUAAGAACAGUGACCUGUAAAAUCAUUUCCUUUUCAUGGUAAAAUCGAGGGUAGAUUUUUGCAACUGAAA